CAAACAUGUCCUGACCGAAGACAUAGUGCACCGGGAGGUGACGGAGGACCACAAGCUGCUCUCCCGGCGGCUCCUGACCAAGACCAACCGAAUGCCCCGCUGGGCAGAGCACUUCUUCCCGGCCAAUGUCGCCCGCUCCGUCUACAUCCUGGAGGACUCUAUCGUGGACCCCAAGAACCGAACCAUGACCACAUUCACCUGGAACAUCAAUCACGCGCGUCUGAUGGUGGUGGAGGAGCGCUGCUUGUACCAGGUGAACCCGGAGAACAGCAACUGGACCGAGGUCAAGCGGGAAGCCUGGGUCUCUUCCAGCCUGUUUGGCGUCUCGCGGGCCGUCCAGGAGUUUGGUCUGGCCAGGUUCAAAAGCAAUGUGACCAAGAGCACCAAGGGAUUUGAAUACGUGUUAGCAAGAAUGCAAGGUGAGCACCCAAGGGCAC